CAAGAUUUGAAAAUGGUUGUCUAGCAAUGACGAACAACCAACUUGACAGAGCUUGAAGAAUUUAAAAAAUAAUUUGCAAAAUUCUAACAUGUACUGAUGUGAAUACUUAUGUAAAUUAGAUAUUUCAUUUUCAAUACAUUUGAAAAAUCUUUUAAAAACACUUUCAUUUUGUCAUUAUGGGGUAUUGUGUGUAGAUGGGUGAGAUAUUUUUUAAAUCCAUUUUUGAAUUCAGGUUGUAAAACAACAUGUGGAAUAAGUCUAGGGGUUUGAAUUGGUUGUUUUGCUGGUUUAACUAUUUAAAAAGUCAGGUUUGCAAUCAUUUGAAGACUGGCCUGAGGGGAGAGAUGCUUAAGCAACAAGGUGUGGUAUAUGGCCAAUAUACCAUGGCUAAGGGAUGUUCUUAAGCAAGACGCAAUGUGGAGUGCCUGGAUACAGCCCUUAGCCAUAGUAUAUUGGCCAUAUACCACAAACCUCUGAGGUGCCUUAUAUACUGGUUACCUACUUAAUUAGAGCAGUAAAAAUACAUGUUUUGUCAUACAAGGUCUGAUAUACCACAACUGUCGUCAGCCAAUCGACAUGCAAUAAAGGUGAGAAAAAAAAUGCAGGGCUCGAAAACAGUAUUGUAUUAUGUAUAUAGCGCAUGGUUUACAGGGGAAGUUGAAGCAAUGUUCUUCCUUUCAGACUGAACUAUUAUGGGAUGUUGUAGCAUACCAAGCAGAAGGCAGUAGCCUAGUACAUUUUAAUCUGGACACAUGGGUCUUUAGAGUUACAGUACCCCACUAGGGGAAACACAAACGUGUCCGUUGUAUAGUGAACAGCAGACUCGUUGCCCGUUGGGUUUGCUUUUGAAGUACUAGGAUUUCUACAGAGGCAUGGAAUUAAAAUCGGGGCGUUUGUAUAAGAGGCUGUAGUAGGGUCUUACCAAUGACAGGCUUAUAACGCACGCAGGGGCUCAGAUCGCUGGGUUUCCCUCACGGUAAAUCGCUCACAAGGCGUGUGAAGGAAUGUCGCAUUUUCACCUCCGGUUGCCUCCAGCUCGUGCAGGGUGCAAACCCGGCAAAUGGGGAUAGCCAUUGUCUAUGUAUGUGGGGUGAAUACUGAGAGGGGGUGUGGUCUACUCUAGAUCAAUAACCGUCGGUCGGUAGUCUACUGGAAAAGGCAAAACAGAGUAGUGGCAGCCGAGACGGAGAUCCCUGGUCCAUGCUGGAUUGAUUUUUGAUGCACUAUCUAUGCUUAGCUCAGACGCACUGUAGAGCUGCAGGAGGAUAUUGGCGACAUAUUUGUUGUGGAUCGGUACUCUGAAAGACUAAGUCCUGUAAUAACUGUUUGCGUUUGGUUUCAGACAAGACGUAGCUACAGUGGAUGUUCUCUUAUGAGUUGUGAAGGAAUAACAAUGAUCCAUUUACCCGGAGACUAUUUGUCCUGGAGCUCAAUUAACAAGUGAUAUGUCUCUAAUGGACGUGGAGUUAGGGGCCACAUUAACGAAAUAUCCUCUAUAUACGAGGGAAAAGACAGCCGUAUUGCAUUUGUGAGGUUCUCCUAUUUUCCUGAUUGGGGCUACCUCCCAUAACUGGGCUUUGUGUGUGCGAGACUGACGAGAGCAGUCCAUUGAAUUGCGCUGCCUGCAUCUAAACACUGGCAUAGAGGUUCACGAGACAAGACCUGCCAAGAUCUGUAGGAGUGAUUCCAGAAGACUGUGUUGGAUCCUCCUCACUAUGAACACUGAGGAUCUGUAGGAGUGAUUCCAGAAGACUGUGUUGGAUCCUCCUCACUAUGAACACUGAGGAUCUGUAGGAGUGAUUCCAGAAGACUGUGUUGGAUCCUCCUCACUAUGAACACUGAGGAUCUGUAGGAGUGAUUCCAGAAGACUGUGUUGGAUCCUCCUCACUAUGAACACUGAGGAUCUGUAGGAGUGAUUCCAGAAGACUGUGUUGGAUCCUCCUCACUAUGAACACUGAGGAUCUGUAGGAGUGAUUCCAGAAGACUGUGUUGGAUCCUCCUCACUAUGAACACUGAGGAUCUGUAGGAGUGAUUCCAGAAGAAUGUGUUGGAUCCUCCUCACUAUGAACACUGAGGAUCUGUAGGAGUGAUUCCAGAAGACUGUGUUGGAUCCUCCUCACUAUGAACACUGAGGAUCUGUAGGAGUGAUUCCAGAAGACUGUGUUGGAUCCUCCUCACGAUGAACACUGAGGAUCUGUAGGAGUGAUUCCAGAAGACUUUGUGGGAUUCUCCUAAUUAUGAACACUGAGGAGCUGAACUGCCACUAGCUCUGAUCAGACAGGAUGAAUGACAGACAGAGACCGAGAGGAGGGUUGCACACGGUGGAGGCAGAUGUCAUCUUCCACCACCCCAUCUGCUCGGACAUCCUCUCCUCCCCCUCAGAUGAGGAUGGGGGUGUUUGUUCCCUCCCAAGGAAGCAGGAGGCGAGCACUAAUGUUCCAGACCUGGGAUUCGUAGUGGGCGACCAGGGACUCGGUCGACAGAGCACACCAGUUACAAAGGAGUACUUGUUGGAUGGUGGUACAGUGAUUAAGCAUCUUCACUUUGACCGUCCACAGGGAUCACACAUCUCAAAUACAGAUCAGUUUCACAUUACGGAUCCUUCUCAUCAAGCACAUACAUCUCACAUACCCAAGCUUGAUGCUGGUAGAGACCAGAACUGUACUCAUGGCAGAAACGGUAUCAGUGAGGAUAUGAAUGGAGCGAGGGAAAAGGUGCCCUGCAGUGUGGGUCCCUCUCUAUGCUUCAAGGGAGAGGCCAGAGAGGAAGCGGAAGGAUCUCUGUCCCUCUGUAGAGAGAGCAUAGUGAGGAGUCAGUGUCACAUCACAAACGUCACUGACUCCCGGGAGCAGGGGACCGCUGCGCCUGACACUCAUUGUAUCACCAUGGGCAACCAGCCAACCAUACAAGAGCUGGGGUGCUUGUUCAGUCACAGCUCUCCCACAGAAUAUGACACAUUACAUGGACAGUCAGGGCUUGAGUCGAACCAAGGACACAGGGGCAGUAGUGGCCAUGGUAGAGUCAGUAACACAACGCCUAAAGAGGAGCCAGAUUUAGUGAUUGAAGUCGGUGGCCAGAAAAUAAGUGUUCACAAGUCUGUUCUGGCAGGGAAGAGUGACUAUUUCAAGGCUCGUCAGUCAAGAGACAUCCUAAAAGUGAAAGGGCUGAACUACAAGACCCUGACCAUCCUGAUAGACUAUAUCUACACCUCUCAGAUGAAUGUGCACAAGGACAAUGUGGUAGAGGUGAUCACAGGAGCUAAGAUCUUACAGAUCCCAUGUGCCGUCCAGGCUGCUAUGGAUACCAUCUCAGAGCAGGUCACAGCAGAGAACUGUUAUGAGAUUCUAACUAUCGCCAAGAAGCAACGACUCAACGAACUGAAAGAGACGGCCUAUCGCUUCAUGAGUGACAACUUCCUCCAGAUCUUGCAGGACCCAGCAGUGUACGGGCGUCUGACGGGGUCGGAGAGGGAUCUGGUCCUGAAGAAGAGAAUGGAGGGGAAGAGGUCCCUGAUGGUCGCUGAGAUCAACGAUGUGUUUGACCGUGUCGGGAGCAGACCUCCGAGUCGGUGUAACAGUCGACCACAGAGCCCUCUGUCCGUGGCAUCCUUCGAGGAGAACCACAUGAUUUACUACUUCAACGAGGCAGCCAAUGACUGGAGACCUCUGACUCUGAUGCCGGAGGACAUUAACACUAAGGGCUGUGGGAUCUGCACCAUGUACAACUACCUGUUUGUGGCCGGUGGGAUAAAGGGAUAUGGGGAUAAGGGCAAGGUCUCAGACAAGGUGUUCUGUUACAACCCCAUCACUAACCGCUGGAGCGAGGUUCGGCCGCUCAACCAGGCGCGGUCGCAGCUCAAGCUAGUGUCUAUGGAGGGUAACUUGUACGCCAUAGGAGGGGAGUGUUUGUUCACAGUAGAAAAAUACGACCCUCGGACUGAUAGAUGGACCACAGUGGCUCCCUUACCCAAAGGGGCGUUCGCUGUGGCCCAUGAAGCCACCACCUGUAACGGAGAGCUCUACGUCUCUGGAGGGUCUCUGUUCUACCGUCUCCUAAAAUAUGACCCCAAGAGGGACGAGUGGCAGGAGUGUCCCUACAACAACAGCAGGAAAAAGUCAACCGACAUGGUGGCUCUGAAAAGCUUCAUCUACAGGUUUGACGUCAACCGUGACCAGGGGGUCACUGUGUUCAAGUACGACACCAUAGUGAAAAUGUGGCAUGACUGCGCAUCGCAGCGGCAGGGCAGCCCUAUGCCGUUCAGGUGUGCCGUCAUCGGAAACUGCAUCUAUUGUGUGAACAAGACUCAGACUCUGCAGUUUGUGGUGGAGGAGGACGGCUCUUACUUUGUAGAUGAACCACUCAAGCCACCACUGGAAGCUAAGGGCCUACUGUUCCCUUUCAUCCUCAGUCUGCCUGAGAAGACUGACAGAUUGAUGUGAUGUGACCAUGGAUCACUGAUGCUACGUUACAGACGCCCAUCAAUCUAAUAUAGUGGUCCUUAAAAUGAGAUGAACAUUUUUCACCUUUAUUUUCCACCGUCCAGUGUACCUGCUCGUAAUGGAAUGUGUUUCUUUGCAUGGCGAGUUAACAGGACAAGCCUUAACAAGGACUACUUUUACAUGUUGAAUGAGACAUAAUGAGAUAAUGACACACAUAGUAGUUUUUGUUUGUUGUUGCAUUUCCCUGUGUUCAGUUUUGUAUUGUGUACUUUUGCAAUUGCAGAUAGUUAGAAUAGAUAUUGUUUUGAAUAUUGUUUGCUGGCUGGUGGCUUUUAGCCAAAAAUCGAACCGCAGAGAUGGAAUAGUCUGAAUGAGGGGACAGUUGAGGGGACAAGUGACUGACACAGCUGGCCCUCACAGGUCCUAUACGCAAAUUACACAAGCGAACCCAUAAACAACACAAGGCCUGCUACGGCGGUGAUGUUUGCUCUAUGAAGGAACAGUGGGAGGGCUAUAACAUUCACACAGCCCCAAGGCCUGAUACCAGAACUGCCCUUGACAUUGCUUCACAAGGCCAUUGACCAGCAGGAGCACAAUAAGCCACAUGUAUCUUCUACAAUAAUUAUAUUCUACUAUUAUAGAUCAUCAAUGAAUAAUGUUGAAGAGCACAAUGCAAUUACAUAUUAAUGCAUUACUACUGGGCACACACUGGUUGAAUCAACGUUGUUUCUAUGUAAUUUCAAUUCCAUUACAUUGAACCAACGUGAAAUAGACGUUGAAUUGACGUCUGUGCCCAGUGGGUUAGGUUCAAAACCAGUACCCACCUAUUUAUUCAAAACUACUACCCAACUAUUCAUUCAGAACCAUUAACCAGCCUUCCAGGUUGUGUCAAAGACAACACUUUACCCGCACAUACAAUUGAGUUGAGUUGCAACACACUAGAAACAAGGUGAAUUAUUGCAGCAUAAGAAUGGUUCUGAGUCUGUGGAUCGGGUUAGGUUCCUGAGUUUGAUUGAAACAGGCCCUAGGUGUGCACUGAUGUUUACAGAAUGCCGGAUUGAGUCAGCAUACGGUAGAUAUGAGGGAUGGUGCUCACUGCUUACUGCUCAUUCUUACGCUUCGAUCACACCGACAGCGUCAUUGCAUUGUGGUACACCAGAAUUACAUUAAUUUCCAAUGGAACCCUGCGUUGCCUUGCAGCGUUGCCUUGCAGAGGCAGUUGCAGCGUUGCCUUGCAGCGUUGCCUUGCAGCGUUGCCUUGCAGAGGCAGUUGCAGCGUUGCCUUGCAGCGUUGCCUUGCAGC